AUGAGUUAUUACAAUUAUUUAAAAAAAAAAAUUGACUUGAAUAAUGAUGAUAAAUAUGAUAAUGUAGAAAUGGCACAAAGUGAGAAUUAUAAAAAAUUUGCUUAUCCUUGUGAGAUUUGCAAACAUGGAAAUAGAAAUACCCUGAAUGAUCUUCAUGAUGUUAACACGAAGCGGAUAAGAAAAAAUAGAAGUUUAACAAUUGAGGGAAAGAGGAGAAACAAAUUUAGAGGAAGAAAUGUGCAAAACUAUGCGUUUAAAAAUGAAAUGAAUGAAGUGAUUUUAUCCAACUUGAAAAAUAUCUUUGAAAAAAUGUCAAGCAUAGAACAACUGACAAAUAUGGGGAAUUAUAUAAAUAUGAAAAAUAAUACUAAAAAAUUCGAUCAUGUAAAUUUGAAAAGUAGAUCUAGUAGAACCAUUCACUUGAGCAAAAAAAAUCGUUCACGUAGUGAGGUCAAAUUAUGUAUCCCUAUAUCUUCAAACAGAAUGGAUAUCAGUCUAUACAACAAUAAACUGAAUAAUGAUAUGUUCAAAUCUGUAUAUGAACUGUCUUCAGAUAAUUACUAUAGAGCUAGCAGUGACAGUGAGUAUUAUCCGAAGAACAAUGCAUACAACAGUAACUCAUGUAAUUAUAAUUUACAUGGAAGUGAUGAUAACCUUUGUUAUUUUAGUAGUGCAUACGAUCAGAUAAGUUUAAAAGGUUCCAAUAGAGAGACUCACCAUUGGGAUGAUAAAAUUGAAAAUUGGGAAGAAAUAAAAAGUGAAUACACGGAUUGUUUGCCAUAUUCCCCUAUACAUGGCAAUUCAACCUCUCUUAAAUAUAGGACUAUUUUUAAAAGGAUUCUGAAAGAAGAAAAUGGUAGGGAUGCAUUUAAACAGAAUGUCUCAGAUGGUGAAAAGAAAGAUUCUUAUGAGGAUAUAAUUAUAAGUAAGCAAGAUAACAUAGAUUUAUCCCACGGUACCGGAAUCCAUGGUAAAUUUCAAAUUUUUGAUUUAUUUGAAAUGAAGCACUCAUCUGAAAGUGAAAAAAAAGAGAAUUCUGUUAUAUGCAAAAAGGAUGAGGAAAAUACCCUAUUGAACAAUCAAAUGAAUUUAAUAAAUAGUGAAGAAAAUGUACGAACGGAAAAUGAUAUAAUUGUUGUAAAAGAUGAAGAAUUAAACAGCCCUAGGAAUAUGUUUCAGGAUAGUAACAAUUUAGGAAAUAAGAAUUUACUAUUCCAAUAUGAACCUAAUAAGAGUAUAAACAUGAACGAUAUUAACUUAGCGAGAUAUUACAGAGAUAAAUAUUUCCAUGGUCAGUACAAAUAUGAUGAAUCUAUAUUUAUUUACGAUCUCAUAGUAUUGGACAUAUCUGGGUAUAUAUACAAAGUUUCGACCGAUGGAACAUAUUAUUGGAAAUAUAAGGUUGUUAAUAAUAUACAAGAUUAUGUAAGUUUUGGGGAGAGUAAAAAAAGGAAAGAAUAUUACAAAUCAAUUAAGAAUGAACCGAGACUUGAUCCCUCAUUUAAAGACAUUUUAGCAAAAAAUGAAUGCAACAAAAAUGAUAAAUUAAAAUUAAAAGCAAUGAAGAAGUUAUACCCAAGUAAUAUUUUUGAUCUAAACAAAAUAAAUUCCUCAAAAAAUGUUGAAUUAAAUAAUAAUGAAAAAAUGAUUAAAAAUUGCACCAUGGGUAGGGGAAAAAAGCAUGCAUAUAAUGAUCUUGAUGAUAAUGAAAAACUGGAAAAAAAUAAUAAAGGGACGAAAAGAUUGCUAGCAAGCUAUAGUGGGGAUUUAUUUUACAUUAAUGAAAACAAUAAAGCCAUGGCGUUAAAUAUUAAUAUCAAAGAUGUUGUUAAUAAUUCACCUUUUAAAUCGCCAUUAUUCCCAAAUAUUGUCUUUAUGGGAUCCAGGCAUUCAAGCAUCAUUAACUUGGAUUAUGACACAGGAGAUCUCAUAAAAAAAUAUGAUGAAAGUCUAGAAGACUUACUCCUAAAAAAAGAGAAAAAAACAAUACCCCACAAGAACAUAAAAUUUUUAAAAAAUGCCUCCACAAGAAAGAGGGAUGAAUUUCUCUUAGAAAACGAAUUUGUAGGUGAGUGGAGUGAUGCGGACAUAUCCACCAAUCAGAAGGGAGAAAAUGAGGACCAAGACUCGCAGGAUGAGGAUGAACGUAUUUAUAGCGAUGAUGAUAACAGUGGCAAGUAUGGACAUAAUAAUGACGAUAAUGUCGACAGUGGCGAUAAUGGCAAUAAUGUUUAUAAUGACGAUAAUGGAGACCAUUACAACAGCAGUACUAAUAACCAUGCCAUUAAGCGGGGAUUCAUAUUAGACGAACAUAGCACAAAUGAAAACGAUGGUCUUCCAGGUGAGCAUGAAGAUAACAUCAUAAAACAUGAGGAAAUAAUUGAAAAAGAACAGAAUAAUAAUAGUAUAAUUAAUAUUAAGCAUGAGAGAAGAAGAAAUAAACCCUUUUGGAGUGAUGAAGAAAUCAGAACAUUAGCCGAUUCGGGUCAUGUAUUAAAUGAUUACCUUGUGCAGAAUGAGUAUUACAAAUAUACCCCUAAAAAUAAGUACACGCUUGUUAGCAAUUAUAAUGAGAAAACAAAUAAUGAAAAAAGAAAAUAUAAUUUAAACGUUUUACAAAAAAACGUAAGGGAAAGAAAAAAUGUUUUAUUCAAAAAACUCUUUACGAGUUUGAAUAGAAUGAAUUCACUAAACAAACGUUCGGAGAACAGUAACAUUUUAGAUAUAACAAGAAUGAGGAGAAUAGAUCCCCAAAAAAAAAGAAAAAAAAAAAAGUGGAAGAAAAGAACAGAAAAAAAACAAUUACAAAUAAGUAUAAUUAAAUGGAUUAUAAAAGCUGUAGAUGAAAAUUCAUUAAAAAAAAAAUGGAUUACAACCUGGGUUGAUGUUGGAUCUAUUUUUAUAACGGAUAGUCACAAGCAAGAUGUUUCGUUCAUUAAUUCACUUAUCGAACUUGUAGGGAACAAAUUGAUUCUGCGCCCUCUUGAAAUAGAUAAAAUGGGAAAGUUGUACAACAUUACGAAAAACAUAAAUACCGAACCAGAAGAGGAAAUAGACUUCAUGCAGAAGAAUUAUGACGAGGGUGUGGGGAGUGAUGAAAGAAGCAAUUUGGGUAGGGACUUGAGAAAUGAUAAGAGAAAAAUAGUGGGAAACAGUGCAAAAAAGCCAUUGAAUCAAGAAAGCUCAAAUGUAAAGUCCAAAAUUUUUAUUUUCUCAGAAGUUGUAUCAUCUGUUUUCGCCCUGAGGUAUAAACACACUUCCAACAUUUUUACGCUAGACUUGAUAAUGAAACAGAAUAGCAAAAUGUUUCCAGAUUAUGAGAAUGUGCAAGGUUUCAAUUAUAAUUCCCUAAACUUUAAGAAAGAUAAUGCUCUACUUUUACCCUUUUCAUCUAGCGAAUUUGUGAAACAUAGCGAUGAAAAAACAUCAUGUAAUUUUGAUGAAAAUAUAAAUUAUGGGAAAAAAUUAUUGCACAGAAUAAAUAACAUAUCCGUAAGUAUAACAUCCAUUGAGAAGGAUAUACGACAUCUUCUCUCAAAUAUAAUUUUUAUUUUUGAUAGAAAUAAAAAGAUACCCAUAAAUUAUAUUUAUAAAAUGAAAAGUCUUAUACGAAAAUAUCAAAAGACAAAGGAACAAUUUUUAUUUUAUUUACCAGGGGUAAAUAAUAGGAAGCAUUUAAGCUAUUCCUAUUACAAUGAUACUUAUGGAAAACAGAUAUAUGGGGGGGGAAGAUACAUUGGUGGAUAUAAUGGUAAUUAUGGUGGGAAUUAUAGUGGAAAAAAUGGAGCUGGCUGGGGUUAUGGGGGUCCCAUACAUAUUUGUGAAUAUAUAAAUAAAUUCAUAGAUAUGUAUUUUGAAGAAAAUGAAAUAUGCUUUGAUUAUUGUUCUAUGCUAAAUAUAUGGGACAAAAUAUUCAAUAAUUAUGUUAGUCAAGAUGAUUGCUUAUUAUUAUCAAAUUUGUAUAGAGUUGUACAAAAUGCAUUUGCUUUUAACAACAGAGAUUUUAAUCAUCUAAAUGAUGGAGAAUACAUGUUAUCAGACAAUGCAAAUUUUUUAAUUAAAAGGAGAAAAAAAGCAUUUGGUUACUCUACAGGUCAAGAUCUAAAAGAAGUUUCCACAUUGAAAUAUAAGAAAGGAUGGUACUGGAACAUUUUUUAUGCCAUGAUGCUAAUAUUUGUUGUUCCUUUUGUAUUUGUCUAUAGAAUGUUUAGAAAAAAAAAAAGCAAUGAUAACAACAGCAGUAAGGCCAUUAUGAAAAACAAAAAAUUAAAAGAUUAUGAUGAUGAAUACAGAAAUGAUCAGGAUUUUCUGAAUAUAAAAAAUCGCCUGCUACGUGAUGAUCACGUAAAAUUGAAGAAUUUGAUAGUGGAAAAAGACUAUGUGGAUUUGUCUCAAAUUGAACUAGAUAUGAACAUCAAAAGAGAAAUAUUGAAAAAAUUGAAAGAACUAAAGCAACAGCCAACACUAAUUGAUAUUUUAGCUAAACAUGCGAGAGAUUCAGAUAGUGAUAGCAAAUUUUAUGAUAUCAACGAAGGAAAAUAUAAUUUAAAUUCCCCAAAUUAUUGGGAUGGAUCUUCAAAAUAUAGCUUACCAAACAUGUCCAUUACGAACUUGAGCAGAACAAAAUCAGGUGAGGCCAGCCAAGCAGAUACCAUUGGUACGAAUAUGUUUUAUAUGUAUAGAAGAAGAGCUGCUUCACAAGAUGUAAUUAAGAAGAAAUCCUUUAUUGUAAAAAAUCGAAUUCGAAGUAGUUACAAACUAGGAAAUAGGUAUUACAAGAAGAAUUAUACUGAUAAUGAAAAGGACAAAAAACAAAACCAUUUAAAGGACAAACACAUUACUGAAAAAGAUUUCGAUAAAAGCGAUUUUAUUAAUUUCCUCACCAACUUUAAUAAAAAAUUUAUGAAAAAAAAUUCUCUAGUGGAUCACCUACUAAAAAUGAGUAAAACAGAGGUAGACACAAGUAAGUAUAGUAACCCAGAAAAUAGUAACAGUGAUAAGGAUUACCUAAGUCAUUCAGAAAAUUUAAAUAAAAAUGAAAAGAACGAAGGUGAAAAUGUGAAGGAUUCAGGGAAAAAACAUGCAAUGAGGAAGUAUCACAAUGAAGAAAAUAAAAUAAUCGAAGAGAAAAAAAACAAAAACAAAUAUUCUAAAUAUGUGGAAAAUAACAAUGGUUAUGUCGUCAAUACACUUAAACAGAAUAAUCCAAUUAAGAACAAAUUAGAUAACAAUGGUAAUAAUAAUGAAAAAAUUAAUAACAAGAAUGCAAGUGCACGAAAUUUAUCUAUAAUUCAAAGAUCUCAUAUUCCAUAUGAUGCUCCAUUGGCUGAUUUUUUAGAAAAUGGAAGAUUUAUGAGAACAUUUGAAAAUAUCUCUUUGAUAGGACAAGGUGGAUUUGGCUCCGUAUACAAAGUAUCGCAUAGACUGGAGCCAGGUUCUCCAACAUAUGCUGUUAAGUUUAUUUAUUUAAAAGUAAGUUCAUUAGAUAACGUAAGCUCCAGAAGAUAUUUUCGUGAAAUUGCAGCAAAUAGAGAUAUCUACAGUAAGCAUGUUGUCCGCUAUUAUACAUGGUGGUGUGAAGAACCACAAUUCCUGCCUAUGCAUGUGAUGCCUAAGGAAAUUCAAAAUUUAGUUAAAAAGAAUAAAGAUUCUUUUAAAAAAAUGUAUAAUAAAAGCAAAAAAAAUGAUGGCCCCAUAGAUUAUGAAAAAUUAUCAUCUUGGGAAAAUAAUAAUCGUGAUUUAAAAAACUUUAAAAAAGUUAUUAAGAAAAAAAAUGAACGCAGUUUAACAUUUUAUAGUGAUAAUGAUGGAUUAAAUUCGAGAAAAAAUGAUAACACGAAAAAAAAAAGAUUUUUAAGUGACAAAAACUUUUCUGAUAACAUUUAUACUAACGCAAAUACUAAAAAUAAAAUAAAGAAAAAAAAAAAGAAAAAAAAAAUUAUAUAUAAAGAAAAACAAAAUGUUAAUCGAAAAACUCGAAAUCAGAAUUACCUUAUCCCAAAUGAUAAGAUUAAUCCUUCUUCUAUUAAUUCAAGUUUCCAAGAAUAUGAUCCAUUUGAUUGUGGUUACCUAAGUGAGGAAGAUAGAGACUUGAUUGUUUUUGCUGACAACGAUGAGCCGAACAUAUGUAAUGAACAGCAGAUCCGAAUGGAAAAUGAUGAUAGGAAGAAGAAAACCCAGGAUAACAAUAGUGAGACAUAUUCUGCCACUAAUAACUUGAAGAAUGAUAAUGAUAUACAGUCCAAUAAGUGCCAAACGGAUACUACAUCGAAUUGGAAAGGCAAUGAAAAUGUCACAUAUGGAGACGAUAUAGGCAGAGAUAGAAACGAUGCUGAAAAUAAAGAAAAAAAAGAACAAUCUCACUUGAUGCCAAUUUCACAUAUUGAGACCAAUAUACAAUGUAGCAAUGUUAACGAUGAUACAUCAAUCAAAAGGGUUUCUGAGGGGGUUGAGGCAGGGGAAAAGAAAGCACAUAUAACGAAUUCGAAUAAACAACACGAAGGGCUGAUGGAUAAUAAGAAAAUAAUUAGAGAAGACGAAAGAUCCCAGAAGAAAAUGAAAAAUUGGAAGGAAGAAGGUUCCCAAAGCAUGGAUGAAAAACAAUCAGUGGAUUCCAAGAGGGAAGAAAAAGAAGAAAUUAAUUACAAAAAUAAGGAGAAAAUAAAAAAUGUAGAAGAAUUGGGUUUUAAGGAAAAUGUUGACAGAAUAAGAACUUAUAAGAAAAAAAAUAUGGCUCCCGAAUUUUCCAUUGUGUUACUACUUCAAAUGGAGUUAUGUAAGGGUUAUACACUUCGCAAAUGGUUAGACAGAUCAACAAGAAGCGAUAAGCCUUUGCAUUUUACCUAUCGAGAUAAAAAUAUGAACCAUCCAUUAGAGUUCGAUUUAUUUAAACAGCUAAUUAAAGGUUUGAAGGAUAUUCAUUCCACGUGUUUUAUUCACAGAGAUUUAAAACCAGAAAAUAUUUUUGUGGAUCCAGAUACGUACACAUUAAAAAUUGGAGAUCUAGGAUUAGUGCGAUUUAUUGAAGAAAAAAAAAGAGAAAAGGAUUUAAAUACUAUAGAUGCUUUUAAAGAUAAUAUUUACACUGAUAUUAACCAGAAUACUAUAACUAGUCAAAUUUCACUAAAAGGGCAAAUCAUAGGAACUCCAGGAUAUACAGCUCCAGAGGGGGGUGCUCUAUGUGAUGAAAAAGCAGACAUAUACAGUGCUGCAUUAAUAUUGUUAGAGCUAUUGUGUCCUAGGUUUAAUACCAUAAUGGAAAGAUAUAAAAGAUUAAAUGACUUUAGGAAUUAUUAUGCAGUUCCAGAUUAUGUUAAAAUUCAUUUAAAUCCAUGGUAUAUUUUGAUGCUACAAAUGUCUAAACCAAAUCCAGCAGAUAGACCGUCGGCGGCAGAUCUAUAUAGUAAAAUAAAGGUGCUCUUGGAUCCCCAUUUAUCAGAUUUCGCGUUUAGUUUUAAUGACAUUAACGAUGAUGAUGUUAACUAUUACCCGUCUGUCGUAAGAGCGAAUCCGAUCAAUGUUGAUGGAUAUGAUAAUGACAACAAUUUGAAUGAGAUUAAAACUAAUAGCAAUGGUAUUGUUAGUAAAAAAAAAGAUAAAGGUCAUGCAGUUAAUAGUAAUCUUGAUGAUAAGUGUUAUUCUAAUAAAAAUGCGGACAAUCGUAAUGACACAUCCAUUGGGAAUAAUAAGGAAAGGUUUGUAAAUGGAACCAACUUUGAAUAA